AUGAUGCCAUUUGACUAUGACGAUUAUGGUGGUGGUCGGUUCGUUGGUGGCACUCCAAUUGACCCUAGUAUUUGGCCGUGGCAAGUCUCCAUCAUGCACCGUCCGACCGCAGCAGAUCCUUUUCAGCAUCACUGUGGAGGAGCCAUCAUCAGCCAGGACUGGAUACUGACAGCUGCCGUAUGUGUUCAUGCACCACAGCAUCGCAACCUGAUAGUCAAAGCUGGGACCACGGAUACAAACCACAAUGACGCGAACACACAGGAAUUACAAAUUGAGAGGAUAGUCCCGCACAAACGUUUUAAUCCUAUCACACUGAGAUACAACAUUGCACUUCUGAAGUUGAAACCCCCCCUUGUAUUCAACACCUUUGUGGAUGAAAUUUGCAUCCCAGAUAAUUCCAAUGUUGAAGAACAUCAGUAUGGUAUCUGCCACAUCACAGGCUAUGCGGGGCCCAAUGCAAACACCAGCAUUUUACAAGAAGCAGAAGUGAAGAAAAUUGGCAAUCCCAGGUGUAACAUGCCUACCUGGUGGAACUACAAAGUGGCUAGAGACAUGUUUUGUAUGUCUCAUCCCAGUGGCAUGGGUGGUCCUGAUGGUUGUGAGAUGAAUCUUGGGGGCCCUGUGAGCUGCUUCAUGCCUGCAAACAACCGCUACUACCUCUAUGGGGUGCGGGUGUAUAGCAAAGACUGUGGUGUGCCUCAGCGGCCCAACAUUUACCUCAAAGUGAGCAAGCAUUUCUACUGGAUUCAAAGAGAAAGCCUCUAUACUUUAGCCUCUACCCCAGUGGACCCCCAGAGCCAGCCUCCACUUCAGUGGACCCCCAGAGCCAGCCUCCACUCCAGUGGACCCCCAGAGCCAGCCUCCACUCCAGUGGACCCCAGAGCCAGCUUCCACUCCAGUGGACCCCCAUAG